UCCUGCCCCAGCCAAUGAAGCACACUGGCACACAUACAGUGGACAAAGGCAUUGCAGGUCUAUCAGCUGGAGGAAACAUCUGAAACGCUGCCUUUAUGAGCCUGUGAGAGAGCGCAGGCAAGAGAGAUGGACAUCCUGGAAACAAGUGCCUUCGACCGAAGACAACGCAGAAACACGUGGUGUGUUGUGCUGCUGUAUCUCCUCCCCUUCAUUGCAUCCUGCACGCUUUACUUCUACCUGUGGAUCCCAGAUUCGGCCCCAUCUCUUCUGGCCGCAGGCAUUAAAGCAGCCCCCAUCCUCUCACUGGUCCUUCUGGUGCUCAGUUAUAAUGGGGGGCGGAGUCUGGUGGGCGUGGCCGGAGGGCUGCUGCUGUCAGCAGGCGGAGACUGUUGCCUAAUUUGGCCUGAACUUUUUAUUCAUGGAAUGGGCUGUUUUGCUCUGGCCCACUUGCUUUACUCAGUGACCUUCCUGUCCUCUCGAUACUCAUCGACGUCUUCAUCUUUCUCCUUCCUCUUCCUCUACCUGGCGCUGUGGUUGUUCGGCAGCGGCAUCUAUGUUUACCUGAUGCCCUUCCUGCAGCUGGAUCCAGAAGCUGACGUCCUGGUUCCCGCCAUCGGAGGUUAUGUACUCCUCAUCGUCAUCAUGGCCACAAUGGCGGCUCGCACCCGCCGGCCGCUCAUCCUACUGGGCAGCUUGGUCUUCAUGGCCUCAGACCUCACCAUCGCGCUCACAAAAUUCAAUGUGGUCGAUACUGAAUACAAAAGGCACAUUAUUAUGGUCACGUAUUACCUGGCGCAGCUGAUGAUUGCGCUGGGAGACGUGAAGGCGGUGCUGGAGGAAAACGCGGAUGAUAUCCACAAGUGGAAGAGAUCUUAAUACUGAUGUGGACUCAAGACGUUGGUUUAAUAAACAAUACAGUGAAUGGGCUUCACUAAGAAGGGUGUAAAACCUUUUCAAAGUCUGUUUUGCAGAUGUGAAACUGGGAUGACUUUCCCAUGUGAAGAAAUGCUAUAGCCAUUUAUAGUAAAUUACUAGGCCUGCAGCGUUUAUGAACCAUACUUUAUUAACUGUGAAGUAUUAUUCAGUAUAGUACAACUACUUUUUAUGCUUCGGCCUACUGUAUUAACUAUAGUGAUCACUGAUAACUGUAAUAAAUACUUUUAAAUGCUUUA